UCUUACUUGACACACUCUCGCUCAAACUGCUGCUGCUGUUGAGACCUUUACCCGAAAAAUAACCUAACUGUGCAAAAAAAUACACCAAGAUAACCCAUCGUCAUUAAAAAUUAAAUUUGUUAGAUAAGAUAAGGCAAGUUUAGGACACCAUUUAGUAGGAAAAUUGAAGACGCGAUUUUAUAUUGUCAUCGGAUUUUUAUUUCGAUUUUCUUCGAUUCAUCAUCAUCUUUGGAGAAAGUGGUCGUAAAAAAACAACGACGAUAAUUAAGUGGAUUUUUUCCGGUGUGCUGAUCAGAAAGGAGGAGACGAUCGUUGAUAAGCCAUAACUCGUAGUUAGUUUAGGUUUAGUGGAUGUUAACGAGAAAUCUACACAGCUCAGUUCUGGUAGUGCGGAUUUCAUCAGAAAGAGAAGUCCAGUCUAAUACUGAGUCGAGCAACACCGGCGACUAAAACUAAUGAUGGAUGCAACAAUGGAGGAUAAGACCAACUGUAUGGACGAUCACGGCGACGAGGGCGAUGUUUCUUCAAGAUUCUCAAAUUUGAAUGUCAACGCUGCCGAAUUUGUGCCUUCCUUCUUGGUUAGAACGCCACAACCACCUUCUAACAUUGAUAUCCCUGCGACCAACGGCGACGAUGUUGAAAUGCCGGCAGCCCGAUCCAGAGAUAUUGCACCAGAAAGUUGGGAGGAAGUAGCAGAAGAUGGCGACAGUCCAGAUGGUGACCCCCCGGAAGACGAUUCUGAAGAAGUGGCCCCUCGUAUCAAAAAGAAACCAGUUCGCCCUGAAGAGACCAAAAGCAAGAAGGAACACAUUAACGUUGUGUUCAUUGGGCAUGUUGACGCCGGAAAGUCGACGAUUGGAGGUCAAAUUAUGUACUUGACAGGCAUGGUGGAUAAACGAACGCUGGAGAAAUAUGAAAGAGAAGCUAAAGAAAAGAAUCGAGAAACAUGGUACCUUUCAUGGGCUUUAGACACCAAUGCAGAGGAACGUGACAAAGGAAAAACUGUGGAAGUUGGCCGGGCUUGUUUCGAAACUGAUAAGAAACAUUUUUCAAUUUUGGACGCACCUGGUCACAAAAGUUUUGUGCCUAACAUGAUUAGCGGAGCUGCUCAAGCUGAUUUGGCUGUUCUGGUUAUCUCUGCCCGUAAAGGAGAGUUUGAAACUGGUUUUGAGAAGGGAGGUCAAACAAGAGAGCAUGCUAUGUUAGUGAAAUCGGCUGGCGUCAAGUUCUUGGUGGUGCUUAUAAAUAAAAUGGACGACCCAACCGUCGAAUGGUCCGAAGUGCGGUUCAACGAGUGCAAGGAGAAGCUGUUGCCUUUCCUUAAAAAAUUGGGCUUUAAUCCUGCCAAGGAUUUGACCUUCAUUCCCUGUUCAGGUCUCACAGGUGCAGGGCUAAAGGAAUCUGUGGAUCCUGCGAUAUGCCCGUGGUUCACGGGAAUUCCAUUUAUCCCAUUUAUCGAUGAUUUGCCUGCAAUGGACCGCAAAUUCGAUGGACCAUUUAUGCUUCCAAUUGUUGAUAAAUAUAAAGACAUGGGGACGGUCGUGAUGGGGAAGGUGGAGUCAGGUCAAGCAAAAAAGGGUCAAACCCUCAUCAUAAUGCCUAAUAGGACCACCGUAACGGUCGACCAGCUCUGGUCGGAUGACGACGAAGUGACUGCUGUCGGUCCCGGAGAGAAUGUCAAGAUCAAGUUAAAAGGAAUCGAGGAAGAAGAGGUGUCGUCUGGGUUCAUUCUUUGUGACCCAAGCAGUCCCUGUACCGUUGGCCGUGUUUUUGAUGCUCAAGUUGCUAUUUUGGAAUAUAAGAAUAUCAUUUGUGCCGGAUACACGGCAGUUAUGCACAUUCAUACAUCGUCGGAGGAGGUGACAGUGAAGGCCUUAAUCUGUUUAAUGGAUAAGAAAACGGGAGAAAAGUCGAAGACACGUCCAAGGUUCGUGAAACAAGACCAAGUGGCCAUUAUGAGAUUAGAAACGAACGGAGUCAUUUGCAUGGAACUAUUCAAGAACUAUCCACAACUUGGCCGUUUCACGCUACGAGACGAAGGGAAGACUAUUGCAGUAGGAAAAGUCUUAAAAGUAAUAGAGUAAAAAAAAUGUUAGAACAGAGCUGAUUUCGGAAUGGUAACUUAACUUUGCUUGCGAUACGUGUAUGCAAAAAAAAUGAAAUCAAUCGGAUAUUCAUACUCUAGUAUGCAGUUAAAAAGCAAACUAUUGAAGUUUUUAAAAUUUGCUCCAGAAAUGUGAAUACAAAAACUGAAUUCAGGACUUAAUAACAUAUAUUAAUGAAUGAUGAUGAUACUACAGAUAUUUAAUUACUGUUAAAAAAAUCAAGCUAAUAAUGGAGACCUAUAAUAUGCAUAAUGGGUUUACGUUUGCGCUAUAUACAUAUAUGCGGCUGAAACUCUUCUUUUGUACAGAUAUACAAUUUGUAUCAAUAUAAUAUUCAAAAAUUAACUAAUUAUUAUUGUUAAUUAUUGUUAUUACUCCUCCUCCUCUGUUCUAAAUUAUAUUUGAGCGACAUAACCCGCCGCUCUUUAAUUAUUAUUAUUAUUAUACAACAAUUGCGAAUACGAAUAUAUAGCAAGUACUUGUGUAACAUUGCUGUUAGCUUGGUUAUCUUCCUCUUAUGUUACUCGAUACUCUUCUACUCGCGGACCUUCUCCUUCCAGACGAAAAUCAUCCAAUCAAUCGUGGCUGGCUAACGAAACAAAUAAAACUAAAACUUUCGGAACCAAUA